UACAUUGGCAGCGGCGGCGCUUCCCGGCCCCCAGGACCACGGCUUCCUUCCUCCCAGAUCUGUCCAUCUGUCCACCCAUCUGUGGGGGUCCACAAUGGCCACCUUCAGCCGCCAGGAAUUUUUCCAGCAGCUACUGCAGGGCUGUCUCCUGCCUACUGUCCAGCAGGGACUUGACCAGAUCUGGCUGCUCCUUGCCAUCUGCCUCGCCUGCCGCCUCCUCUGGAGGCUGGGAUUGCCAUCCUACCUGAAGCAUGCAAGCACCGUGGCAGGUGGCUUUUUCAGCCUCUACCACUUCUUCCAGCUGCACAUGGUCUGGGUCGUGCUGCUGAGCCUCCUGUGCUACCUCGUGCUCUUCCUCUGCCGACACUCGUCCCAUCGCGGCGUCUUCCUCUCUGUCACCAUCCUCAUCUACCUGCUCAUGGGUGAGAUGCACAUGGUGGACACCGUAACGUGGCACAAGAUGCGAGGGGCCCAGAUGAUUGUGGCCAUGAAGGCAGUGUCUCUGGGCUUCGACCUGGACCGAGGCGAAGUGGGUGCUGUACCCUCACCUGUGGAGUUCAUGGGCUACCUCUACUUCGUGGGCACCAUCGUCUUUGGGCCCUGGAUACCCUUCCACAGCUACCUACAGACUGUCCAAGGCCGCCCACUGAGCCGCCGAUGGCUGCAGAAGGUGGCCCGGAGCCUGGCACUGGCCCUGCUGUGCCUUGUACUGUCCACUUGUGUGGGCCCCUACCUCUUCCCCUACUUUAUCCCCCUUGAUGGUGACCGACUCCUUCGCAACAAGAAACGCAAAGCCAGGGGCACCAUAGUAAGGUGGCUGCGAGCCUAUGAGAGUGCAGUCUCCUUCCACUUCAGCAACUAUUUUGUGGGCUUUCUGUCUGAGGCCACAGCCACACUGGCAGGGGCAGGCUUCACCGAGGAGAAGGAUCACCUGGAAUGGGACCUAACGGUGUCCAGGCCACUGAAUGUGGAGCUCCCCCGGUCAAUGGUGGAAGUUGUCACAAGCUGGAACCUGCCUAUGUCUUAUUGGCUAAAUAACUAUGUUUUCAAGAAUGCUCUCCGCCUGGGCACCUUCUCAGCCGUACUGGUCACCUAUGCGGCCAGCGCCCUCCUGCACGGCUUCAGCUUCCACCUGGCUGCCGUACUGCUGUCCCUAGCGUUUAUCACUUACGUGGAGCAUGUCCUCCGGAAGCGCCUGGCUCAGAUCCUCAGUGCGUGCGUCUUGUCGAAGGCUUGUCGACCAGACUGUCCACACCGGCAUCGCUUGGGCCUGGGGGUGCGAGCCUUAAACUUGCUCUUUGGGGCCCUGGCCAUCUUCCACCUGGCCUACCUGGGCUCCCUGUUUGAUGUUGAUGUGGAUGACACCACAGAGGAGCAGGGCUACGGCAUGGCAUAUACUGUCCACAAGUGGUCCGAGCUCAGCUGGGCCAGUCACUGGGUCACUUUUGGAUGUUGGAUCUGCUAUCGUCUCAUAAGCUAAUGCACAGGACCCCUCAUAACCCCUCAAGACCCCUCCUCAGGGUGCCAGCUCUGAUGAGGGAUGAGGAAGGGCCCUCUACUCCAAACCACACUCUCCAUUCUUGACCCCCAAACACUCGCCCUACACACACAUACACACAUACACACAGCAUUCCCAUGCCUGUCGAUCCCCACAAGGCCAGAAGGGGUGAUCCUUGCUGGGAAUAUGGAUGGGGGAUACUUGGGAAGCUGAGAGGGGGAGAUCCAGGGCCUCCCUGCCUGCCUUCCUCCUUUUUAUAUAGUUUGUUAUUGUCAAAUAAAAGUAGAAAUAUACUAUAGGGUCUUUCUUCACUGCUCAGAGGGGAGUAGGAGUGAGGAAAGGGGCACUGCACGAAUAAAAAGUUUGGAAAGAAAGCCAUCAUGAGGUAGCAGACAGUGAUUGGUGCAUGGUUGAUUUAUAAUUUGUGAUUGGAUGAUGAGGCUGAGGAUGGCAGGGUUCUGGUCCUGUUUGAUUUGAUUGAAACGGGAACAGACUGCAUGGCUGGAUGGGGGGGGCUGUUGCUAAUUAGCCAGAAAACAGAGAUUCCUAUCCUGCUUGGUUGCUCUGAGUUAAGAGGGAAAGCAAGGCAGAGGGCGGAAUGAUAGUUAUUAGUCCUCGGGACUGAAGGCUGUGGGUUCUAAUGGAAUGGAAGGUCUGGGGUGGGUCUGGAUUUUGAUCGAGUACCAGGUCUAGCUGCUCACUG